AUGGCUCUUCCUUGGACCUUCGGCGUGGAGUUAGAGUUCACAAUUGUCUUCGUGUACCCUCACAAUGUAGCUCUGCCAGAUCCAACCGAGUCUCGAAAACUACGAUUCAAGCCGUACCAGAACGAAAUCGAUAGAUUCAUUUCCGAAGAAGGUUUGCCACCCAUUCAUUCGACAACGGAACUUGCUGAUCGCAACAUAUACAACGGAGAAUUCAUAAGACAUAUGGUGACGCCCGCAGUGCAACGCGACAUAGCGCAGACUUUGCAUGCGGCAGGAUUCCCGGGGCAUAUGGACAAUCCAGCCAAGCUUGAUGUGACCAACUGGCAGAUCGAUACCGACGAAAGCGUUAGGGGCCCGCAUAACACGGAAUACAUAUGGUCUUCGGUUGAGGUCAAAUCACCAGCCUUGGCAUUCAACCCAAAGAAUUUAAAGGUCGUUGAGGAUGUCGAUAUUAAAUACUAG